GAAAUAGCUUUAUUUCUUUACAGUUUCGAUGUACGAGGGAGAGCUUUUAACAAAGCUUUGCAAUGGUCAGACCCGAACAUAUUUGGACCGAGAGCUUAUUUUGUAACAGUAUCCAAACCUGCUGCACUAACUUUGGAUGGAGUGACUUUAGAUGACGAAGGCAUUUAUAGGUGCAGAGUGGACUUCAAAACAUCACCAACAAGAAAUUUUGCUAUCAAUUUAACAGUGAUAGUUCCCCCUCAUCAACUGUUGCUAUACGAUAAGAUGGGACGUGACGUUACUGGAGUUGUCGGUCCUCUGGAAGAAGGUUCCGACUUGGUUCUUACCUGUGAAGUGAGAGGAGGUAGUCCUAGUCCUACAGUUUCCUGGUUUGUAAACGAUCGCUUAGUCGAAGGCCAACUUGAAGCUAUCACAAAAACUAACGUCAUUGUCAAUAGAUUGGAAAUCAAGCAAGUGACUAGAGAUAAGCUCAAUUCGACAUUUAAAUGCCAAGCCAGUAAUACCAAACUUAUGAUGCCGUCCGAACAAACUGUCAGAUUAGAGUUACUUUUACGGCCUCUUACUGUAGUAAUCCCAAUCAAACCAAGACAACUUGUAGCCAACGAAGAAGUAACAAUUCAUUGUGAAGUAACUGGAUCAAGACCAAAAGCUAUUAUAUCAUGGACUAGAGAUACACGACCGUUCAGACGAGGAAAAUUUCUCGAAGAAGGCACGAACGACUCGCUCGUCCUGAAUUCCGUGACGUUCGCACCUGUCCCCGAGGACGACGGCACCGUUUUAAAAUGCAUCGGCGAAAAUCCCAAGUUGCUGGGCUCGAGCCUAGAGGAUUCCUUUAAACUAAACGUCGUCUAUCCGCCGCAAGUGGUCCUCCAUUUAGGCAGCACCCUCAACGCGGAGGACAUAAAAGAAGGCGACGACGUUUAUUUUGAGUGCAACAUUAAGGCGAACCCCAAACAGCACAAAAUUACCUGGUAUCACAACGGACAUUCAGUGAGUCAAAACAUGUCUUCCGGAGUAAUCAUUAGUACUCACAGCUUGGUUCUUCAAAGCAUUACUAGAGGACAGUCUGGAAAUUAUACUUGUCUGGCAGCCAAUCCAAGAGGAGAAACCAUGAGUCCUAUAGUGGAACUGAAAGUACGAUAUGCUCCCGUGUGCAGAGAACCCGACAUAACAGUUAUAGGGGCCUCUCUGGACGAAACCCUCAAAGUCCACUGCGACGUAUCCGCUGAUCCUACCGACGUCACUUUUCUCUGGCAGUUCAAUAACUCCGGCGAAAGUUUCGACGCUCAACCGCCUCGCAGCGCCACUUCCAGUCGGAAUAUUAGCGAACUGACCUACACACCGAAAUCCCAAAAGGACUACGGGACGCUGACUUGUUGGGGCACCAACUCGAUCGGACGACAGGUGGAGCCUUGCGUAUUUCAGGUUGUUCCCGCAUCAAAGCCGUCACCAUUGACCAACUGUACAUUAAAAAGUGUCAACAAUCAAACGAUCGAAAUUGUAGACGUGGAAUGUAAGGCAGGCUACGAUGGAGGAUUGCCGCAAAAAUUCGUUUUGGAAGCGUUCGAUGCCCACACCAUGAGACUGCGGAUAAAUCAAACAGUAGGAGAUACUGAAUACCCCACUUUUCACUUGGACUUGGGAGACCUGUUGCCGUCUCCUCCAUCCUUACGAAUAAUCGUCUACUCAAUAAAUGCCAAAGGAAGAAGUGACAAACUUGUUUUGGACGAUAUCACGUUGAAUGAUGCAGAAAAAAGAACAGAUGGAAGUUCCAACAUGAGCCUGGUUCCUUUAGCCGGACUAUUAACUGGGGCGUUGCUUACCCUAGGAAUUGCUGUGCUAGUUAUAGUAGUGAUAGCUAUAAGAAGGAAACGUCACUGUGGUGGAGCCAAUCAUUGUCCACACCAUAUUACUUUGGAUGCAUCAAAACCCAAUUCGAAAUCAAGACAAGGAUCAAUGUUAGAAAUCAAUACUGGUGAUAAUCGCUAUGUGGUAGCAUAUACCCUCAAGCCAGCAGCAGACUGUUCGCCUUCAUACCCUUCGCAUGACAAUCCGACAGGAAUAUCCGAUUCUAAAAGACAACCAGAUAUUCUCAAUACCCCAAGAGUAUCAAAAAUUGAAACAGGUGGAGACUCAGUUACACCUCCAGAACUUCCCAGACCAACUGAUCUCUAUUCCCCCAUGGGAGAUUGUAGAGAUGCAAUUAAUAUAGAGUCGCCCACGUCAUUCACAAAGUUACAAGUAAUGACACAAAACCGUUACCUACUUGCUCAAACUGUCAACAGUGUACGAAUGGUAAAUUCAAACAGAACAUUCUUUGAGAAAGCCAAAAACUUUGAGAAAGGAGAAACAAUUAAACCAUUACAAUAG